AUGUUCUCUAAAACUGCUAUGCUUCUCACUUGCACGGCUAUUGCCAUCUCGAGCUUCAGUGUCCGCCCAUUGGCAAAGAACACUGUUCAAGAUGCUCAUGAGCAGCUUACCAGGAAAAUCCGCUCUGCUCCUACAUGCCGAACCCAAAGGAUUUCAACAAAGGGUAUGUCAACGGCGUCGACAUGGAUUCUGACGACUACACCAACGUCCUCAGCUUCUUCCACCUCACACAUCCCAGACUUGCCAUGCUCAACGUCUGCCUUCAAGAGGCUUUCCAGUUCCACGCUGCCGGACGUCCAUCCCAGAUUUCCAUUCGUUGCCUGUGCAAAAGAGAUGGCUGCAACUUACCAGAGGGAUUCACCACGUUCCUCGAUUUCAACAAGCCCAAUGCCAGAGACGUCUUUCUAA